AUGUCUACGCUGCUCAGCUUUCGAAGCGCGACCUGGCUCUACCCGCUACAGGGGAUAGUGUAUUUCAUCUUCCAUCCAUUCCUAUGGCCUCUUUUCCGGUCUCGUCUGCUGCCUAUAACGCUUCUGUCGCUAUUCAUAUACACCAUACUCUUCGUCUUUACAUACCUUCCCCAAGUGGCGUUCCUAGCCAUAUUCCAUGGCCCCGGCGCAUGGUUUAACGGGGCCGUCAUGGUCCUGGGAGAAGGCGCUGCGAUAGUAGCGUUGUUAUUUGAAGCAUUCUUUGUUGAUGAGGCACAGGUCGAUGUCUUCGAUUCAGUCUUGCUUUACGAAGCAAUGAAAAUGCCACUUGAAGAUCCCACAUCCGUGUCAGAUCCAGCUUCAAACGCCCAGCCCUCAACCUCUUUCCGGGAUCAUAUCAUUUCCAUGAUGUCUGAAUCAAGGUCAUUGGAUCUGUCAAAUUAUACCAACCCUCUCACUCAGAAGGUUGAGGAUCCCGCAAAGUGGCUUGGGAAGCCUCUACACACCGCCGUAUAUGCUCCUUUUUCAUUUAGACAGAUAGUGGAGUUGAUUCUCCUACUGCCGUUAAAUUUGGUUCCAGUAAUUGGGACUCCGCUCUUUUUGGUUUUGACAGGUUAUCGGGGGGGCCCAUUCCAUCACUGGAGAUACUUCCAGUUACUGGAUUUUAAUAAGAAGGAGAGGAAGGACUACAUUCAUAGAAGAAUGCUGAGGUUUGGCACGAUGGCACUUGUACUGCAGCUUGUACCUGGGCUAUCAAUGAUUUUCCUUUUGACCACUGCUGCAGGCUCAGCAUUGUGGGCAAGAGAUAUGGAGCGAAGGAAAUGGCUCAUCUCAUUAGACGUUGCGGAUGAUAAUGACCACCACAAUAGACCUGAAUAUCAGUAUCACGAUAAUCCAGUAUAA